AUGAAAUCUUUUAUUAACUCUAUCAUUUCAAAUUUUAAUAUAAAUCAAAAUAAUAAAGAUAAUAAAAAUAAUAAUAAUAAUAAUAAUAAUAAUAAUAAUAAUAAUAAUAAUAAUAAUAAUAAUAAUAAAAUUUUAAUUUUAAAUAAAGAAAAUUCUAAUGAUAAAUUAUUUUUUAAAAUUUGGAGAAAUAAAUACCUAUUAAAAGAAAUUAGUUAUCAUUUAAGAUUAUAUAAUGAACAUUUUGGUAGAUGUUUUGAUUUUCAAAGUUUAAAAAAAUAUGAAUUUAAAGAUUAUAUAACAUCAAUUGGUAUCAGAAAUGAUGAUAAUUCAAUAAUUUUAAAUGAUUUAAUACCAUGGAAUAUUGAUUCAAUUACAUUUUAUACAACGAUUAAUGAAGAGUUAUUAAAUAAAUUACCAAAAUCAAUAACAUCGAUAUCGGUUAACAAUAGUAUACCAAUGGUUGUUGCAUUGAUACCAAGUCAUAUUAAAACCAUUGAAUUUCAAUCAAACUUUCAAAAAGCAUUAAUUCAAGGUUUUUUACCUGACGGUUUAAAGAAUUUAAUAUUUACAAAUCAAUCUUUUCAAUUAACAAUUGGUAUGAUACCACAAUCAGUUCAAUAUAUUCAAUUGGGUAAAGAUAAUUGUAAUUUAAUUGAAAAUCCAGAUGUUUUACCAAAGAAUUUAAAAACUUUAAAAUUUGGUUAUAAUUCAACAUCACUCAUUAAUCAAAAUACAAUACCACCGAGUGUAACUCAUGUUGAACUCAAUGAAUUUUUAAUACCAAAACCAUGGAUUGGUUUUCAAUCAAAUCCAUUUCCAAAUUCUGUAACCUAUUUAAAAAUUAAUGCAUAUUCAUUCUAUCAAAUACCAGUUCCACCAAAUGUUAAAACUUUAAUUUAUUCUGGUAAUUUCUCUUUUAAAAAUUCAACAUUUCCAUCAUCAUCAUCAUCAUCAAUACCAACAUCAUCAACAUCUGAAAAUAUUAAUCAAGAAUCAAUAUUUUCAUUUCCAAAAACUUUAAAAACUUUAACAUUAAGUUCAGAUUUUAAUCAACCAUUAAAAAAUUUAUUACCAAAUUCAAUUACAAAAUUAACAUUUGGUGGUGCUUUUAAUUGUCAAUUAGAAAAUAGUAUACCAAAAUCAAUAAAAUUUUUAAAAUUUGGUAAUUCAUUUAAUAAAAUAAUUAAAAUUGGUGAAUUAACUUCUAUCUCUCCUUCUUCUAAUCAAAUUAACAAUGAAAAUAAUGAUAAUGAAAUUAAUGAUAAUAACAAUAAUAAUGAAAUUGAAGAAUCAAAUUUAGAAAUUUUAAUACUUAAUAGAGAUUUUAAUCAAAAAAUUUUAAUUGGUUCUUUACCAAACUCAUUAAAAGAAUUAUAUUUUAGUUAUUUUUUUAAUCAAUCAUUUGAUGUUGGUAGUUUACCAAUUGCUUUAAAGAAAUUAGUUUUAGGUUCAAAUUUUAAUCAACAAUUUAAAAAAAAUCAAUUACCUCACUCAUUAACUUGGUUAGAAUUAAAUUUUGACUAUGAUCAACCUUUUAUACCAUUUGAAUCAUUACCUCAAUCUUUAACCUAUUUAGAAGUAGGUAGAUCUUUCAAUCAAGAAAUUCAAUUUGGUUCCUUACCAGAUAGUUUAGAAAUCAUUAAAUUUGGUUUCAAAUUUCAACAAUUAUUAUUAUUUGAAAAUUUACCAAAAUCAAUUAAAUCAAUUCAUCUUUGUUCAAAUUAUAAUUUAUUAAAUAAUAAUAAUAGCAAUAAUAUACCUUAUUAUUUAAUAAAUAAUUUUAAAUAA